CGUGAUGAUCGCUUGACGUACUCCCAUCCCUCCCCGUCACGGUGCCAUGUCACGCCCUGCUGCGAGGCGGUUGUGCUGCGAACUGGACUGAGGUCGUCCUGAGCUGUGGUCCAGCAUGUCCGAUGCAACGACGCCCUCCUUCUCCUGACGACGGCCGCUGCCUCUGUCGCCUGUCUUGCACACUGACGCCGCAGUGGAACUGCACCCACGCCCUGUCGCCGAAAAGUGGACCGCCGCUGGUGGUGCUGGAGAAGUCCUCAGGCGCUCAGAGUCGGUUGAGGUUGUGAGACCGCUCCGGCGUGACGCUUCCGCAACAAGAGGCCCACUAACUUAGCAACACACCAGACAGAGCUACUACCUCACACUGCAUCGCAAAAUCAACAACUCCUCAUCCUCGAUUUGAACAUCGGCUUGCGACUCAAUCUCCGCCAUGUCGGAGUUUGUCGACCUGAUCAAGCCACUGGGCGAGCGCUUGAAACACUGCUACGACCCUACCAGAUCGCCGACAAGUCAACCCGAAAAUGACGCCGUGCAUGCCACAGACCCGGCCAGAGCCGUGCCGCAAGGCUUCAUCGACGCCAUGAUCGUCCGCGAGGAAGUCUACGUGAAAGAGCAGAAGAUUCCGCUGGAGAAUGAAUUGGACGAAGACGAUGCUCGGAGUUUCCAUUGGGUCGCCUACGCUUCAAUACCUGCCAAAGCAGUAACAAGUAGCGAUGGGACAGAACGCAAGGGCAGUGGAAGCACAAAGAUGCCGAUUGGGACAAUACGCUUGGUGCCACCACCACAUGGCCAGCAUCCUGGAGGAAACGGUCACGAUUCACCACAGAGCAAUGGAGGACAUACAGCAACUGAGCCGUACAUCAAGCUUGGGAGAUUGGCUGUGAUUCCUGAGUUCAGGAAGGCUGGAAUUUCAAAGCUGUUGAUCGAAACUGCUCUCGCUUACGCAAAGGCACACCCAUAUGAGGUAGGCCCGGCCCUCGAUCCUGCCUCGAUGGAGGCACUCAAGAAGGGUCUGGGCGUGAGUUGGAAGGGUCUGGUUCUGGUGCACUCUCAAGUCGGAGUACAGAAAGUGUGGAAAAAGUAUGGAUUUGAGACGGACGAAAGCAUGGGUCAGUGGGAUGAAGAAGGCAUCGAUCAUGUCGCCAUGUGGAAGCGUGUCUCUGUCGAGCAAGGACGGAGGACCUCAAAAAUCUGGCUGCACACGAACAGUGUUACGAGUCCAUGAGUAAUGAUGGAUUGUCCACCAAGAACACAUAUAGACAUGGCGUUGAAAACGGCUAUACCCUCGGGAUAUUGAAGCAGCACUCAUAGUGUGAAGAAAAUGCAUAGCUGGUUGGUUCUGACAUUCGUUCAUGGCUCUCCCACUUUCGUUAAAAGUCCGCUCAGCC